AUGACCACCCAGGUGGGAGCCCAGUCCCAUGAGAACAAUGCAUUCUCCAAUAGUUUCAGAAUAGUUUCUAAUGUGCUUAUUGACUUUGUGAAAUUGGCCAUGAAUUCUGUGAAGACUUUAAAAAAUAUGAUCAUUGAUAAAGACUUAUACUCUACUUACUAUAGCAUCUCUGUUACUGUCACCCUCAAAGCAAGUAGGAAAUCCAUGAAGUCCAGAAGUAGAAGUUCUGCAUAUUCAAGACACUCAUCUUCUCAUAGUAAAAAGAAGCGAUCCGGAUCACGCAGUUGUCAUUCCAGUAUCUCACCUGUCAGGCUUCCAUUGAAUUCCAGCCUGGGAGCUGAACUAAGUAGAAAAAAGAAGGAAAGAGCAGCUGCUGCUGCUGCAGCAAAAAUGGAUGGAAAAGAAUCCAAGGGUUCACCUAUAAUUUUGCCUAAAAAAGAGAAACUUGAGGUGAAGGAGUCAGGGUUAGAGUCUAAAAAGUUACCCAGAGGUAUAAAGUCAGAAAAAUCUACCCCAGAUACUGAACUGGUGAAUGUAGCACAUUCAAACACAGAGGUAAAAAAUUGUUUAGAUACAGGGAAAGUAAAGAUGGAUGAGAACUUGCAGAAGCAUCCUGUUAAGGAUUUGAAAGCACAGGGAACAAAGGAUGCUAAACCUGUAGCAUUGAAGGAGGUGAUUGUUACUUCAAAGGAGACAGAGACAUCAGAAAAGGAGACCCUUCCACGUCUCCCCACAAUUACUUCUCCACCCCCUUUACCAUCUACUACCCCUCCACCUCAGACACCCCCUUUGCCACCUUUGCCUCCACUACCAGCUAUUCCACUGCAGCCACCUCUGCCACCUUCCCAACCACCAUUUAGUCAAGUUCCUGUUUCAAGUACGUCAACUUUGCCCUCUUCUCCUCACCCAAGGACAUCUACUCUGUCCUCUCAGACAAAUUCUCAGCCCCCUGUACAGGUUUCUAUGAAGACUCAAGUAUCUGUAACAGCUGCUAUUCCACACCUGAAAACUUCAACAUUGCCUCCUCUGCCCCUCCCUCCCCUAUUACCUGGAGAUGAUGACAUGGAUAGUCCAAAAGAAAUGCUUCCUUCAAAGCCUGCAAAGAAAGAGAAGGAACAGAGGACACGUCACUUACUCACAGACUUGACCCUUCCUCCUGAACUACCGGGAGGAGAUCCAUCUCCUCCAGAUUCUCCAGAGCCAAAGGCAAUUACACCACCUCAACAACCAUAUAAAAAGAGACCAAAAAUUUGUUGUCCUCGUUAUGGAGAAAGAAGACAAACAGAAAGUGAUUGGGGGAAACACUGCGUGGACAAGUUUGAUAUUAUUGGGAUUAUUUGAGAGGGAACCUAUGGCCAAGUAUAUAAAGCCAAGGACAAAGACACAGGAGAACUAGUAGCUCUGAAAAAGGUUCGGCUAGACAAUGAGAAAGAGGGCUUCCCAAUCACAGCCAUCCGGGAGAUCAAGAUUCUUUGACAGUUAGUUCAUCAGAGUGCUGUAAACAUGAAGGAAAUUGUCACAGACAAACAAGAUGCACUGGAUUUCAAGAAGGACAAAGGUGCCUUUUACCUUGUAUUUGAAUAUAUGGACCAUGAUUUAAUGGGACUGCUUGAAUCAGGUUUGGUGCACUUUUCUGAGGACCAUAUCAAGUCAUUCAUGAAACAGCUAAUGGAAGGACUGGAUUACUGUCACAAAAAGAAUUUCCUCCAUCGGGAUAUUAAAUGUUCUAACAUUUUGCUGAAUAACGGUGGUCAAAUCAAACUGACAGAUUUUGGACUUGCUCGGCUCUAUAACUCUGAAGAGAGUCGCCCUUACACAAACAAAGUCAUUACUCUUUGGUAUCGACUCCCAGAGCUGCUUCUUGGAGAAGAAAGAUACACACCAGCGAUUGAUGUUUGGAGUUGUGGGUGCAUCCUUGGGGAACUGUUCACAAAGAAACCUAUUUUUCAAGCCAAUUUGGAACUUGCUCAGCUAGAACUUAUCAGUCGCCUCUGUGGUAGUCCUUGUCCAGCAGUAUGGCCUGAUGUUAUCAAGCUACCCGACUUCAACACCAUGAAACCGAAGAAGCAAUACAGGAGACGCCUAAGAGAAGAAUUUUUCAUUCCUUCAGCGGCACUUGAUCUAUUGGAUCACACGACACUGGAUCCUAGCAAGCACUGCACAGCUGAACAGACCCUACAGAGUGACUUUCUUAAAGAUGUGGAACUCAGCAAAAUGGCACCUCCAGACCUACCUCACUGGCAGGAUGGCCAUGAAUUAUGGAGUAAGAAACGUCGACGGCAAUGACAGAGUGGUAUUGUGAUAGAAGAGCCACCUCCAUCCAAAAUUUCUCGAAAAGAAACUACCUCAGGGACAUCAGCUGAGCCUGUGAAGAACAGUAGCCCAGCACCACCGCAACCUGCUCCUGUCAAGGCAGAGCCUGGUCCAGGGGAUGCAGUAGGCCUCGGUGACAUCACACAGCAGUUGAAUCAAAGUGAAUUGGCAGUGUUAUUAAACCUGCUUCAGAGCCAAACUGACCUGAGCAUCCCUCAGAUGCUGGCCAAGGGCUGCCAAGUUGGUAUGAAGCAGCUUCAUACAGGAGACAUGUGA